AGCCGCCCCUUCUCACUGGAGGAGGAAGGAGAGGCGAGGCCUGGAGGAGCCCGGAAGCGGGGACAGAAAGAAGGCGCCGUUUGGCCUCCCAAAGGCUUGCCAUUCCCUCUUUCGGGCGACCUCGAGAUCGAGUCAUCUAUACGCUCUGCACAAGAAGGCAACAGGAGGAAGAUGUUGUCAAGACCCAAGCCCGGUGAAUCGGAAGCGGACUUGUUGCAGUUCCAGAAUGAAUUCCUCUCAGUGAAAGCUUCCCCAGCAGUGAAAAUAGUCAAGAAAGCAGAUAAAAGGAAAGGGGAUGUGGGGAGUGGAGAUGAUGACAGACCCCCACUGCAGCACGACAGAGAUAUGGUGAUGUUGGAUGACUUUCCUGAUGAGCCACCACCUCUGACACCUGGUCCUCCAAAGAAAUCCAGAUUCAAAGGUACCCGUGUUCAUUUUGAGGAGGACCCAGGAGAGCAACUGGAUCGUGCUGAUCAGCACAUUACAGCAGUCUUCAACAAAAUAAUUGAACGUGACACAAGCUCUGUCAGGGUGACCACGCCGGUAUUCACAGGAGGGCCAUUUCCAACAGUUUUUCACAGGUCUGAAAUAAAACAUGAGGCAAAAUCAGCACCAGGAAGAAAAAGUAUCUUUGCUCAGAAGAUCGCUGCAAAGAGGGCAGCUGAAGGGACUCAGAUUUCUGUCACUAUCGACUGUGAUGCAACUGAACGAAUGAACGCAGAAGUUCUGGAGGGUGCCUCACAUCCUGAAUCUUUGAGGGCUCCAUUCUUUGGAGAUGAAGAGAAGUCUCCUGGUAGCUUAUCCAGUGGGUGCCCUCGCAUUGUUACUGGCGAGGGACUUAGAAGCCUGGCUGGUGAACAAGAGGCCCAAAAUAUUCACAAAGAGAACUUGGAGAGGCUGAAGUCUAUGUCCAAAGAACAAAUCCUGGAGGAGCAGAAACAGUUGCUGGCUCAAAUAGAUCCCAAUUUACUGGCUUUCCUAAAGUCACGACAUAGUACUGCUACAACUGAGGGAAGAGAGGAAAAAAGGGAACAUGAAAAGCCAUGGAAAAGUAUGCAUUCGGAAGUACAGCCUGCAUUGCAGCAGGAAAAAGGAGAAAUUCUGAACGCUAAUUUAUCUCAGGAGUCAAUCAUUGAAAUGCAGCCAGACACAGAAAAGUCUCUAAGGACUGAAGUCUCUACAAAAAUGAAUGUCACAGAUGAUGACCUUCCUGUGAAGCCUCAGAAAGAAUGGCUCCACAUGGACAGUGUAGAGUUUGAGAAGCUGGAGUGGAUGAAGGACCUUCCUCAGCCUCGGCAGAAGAAAACCAAAAAGGGUAUGCAGGCACGCUUCAGUCUGAAGGGAGAACUUAUUCCUCCUGAUAAAGAUUUACCUACACAUUUGGGCCUUCAUCACCAUGGAGAGGAAGCAGAAAGGGCUGGAUACUCUCUCCAAGAGCUCUUCCAUUUGUCUCGCAGUCAAGUCAUUCAGCAACGGACUCUGGCUUUACAAGUGCUGGCUUGUGUUGUCCAGAAGGCCAAGGCAGGGGAGUUUGCCACCCUUCUGAAGGGAAGCGUCCUGCAAGUGUUGCUUGAUGCUGGUUUCCUCUUUCUGCUCCGUUUCUCCAUAGAUGACUCAGUGGACAAUGUCGUUGCAGCUGCUAUCCAUGCACUCCAUUCUCUUCUGGUCUCUCCAGAGGAUGAGGAAUAUCUUGACAAGACUUUUUCAUGGUAUCAGGGUAUGACCUUUCACCCUUUCACCCCCAACAAAGAGGAGGAGGAGGAUGAAGAAGAGGAAGACAAUGAACUUGAAACAAUCCAGAAGACAGUGGGGAGAAAAUCAAAGGAUGAAAACAAACCAGAUCCAGAAAUCGCACGAUAUGAUGUUGUGAAGGGGCUUCUGAAGACCAAAAUUCUUCACCGCUUUAGGUACCUUCUGGAAGUCAUGCAACCUGUUCCUUUGGUAGUCCUGGAAAUUCUAGAUAUCCUCACUUUCAUCACAAGGCACUCCAUUGAAGCAUGCAGCCAGGUCUUGAAUUGCCCUCGUCUGAUUGAAACUGUUGUCAGAGAGUUCCUGCCCACCCAGUGGAGUCCAAGAAUAGCUGAACCUGGGCAACUUCUUACAAGCCUUCAUGGAGUUCCAUGUGCAACAGCCAUGAAACUAAUUCGAGUCCUGGCAUCUGGGGGGCGAAACGCAGCAGCCAGGCUGCUUAAUAAGUUUGAGAUGAAGAGUCGACUGAGCCGUUUCAUUGCUGAAGAACCUCAAGACCUUCCUCUGAGAACUGAGGAUGCCAUGAGGAUAAACACCGAGGCUUUCCGCUUAUGGGCUGUGGCGGCUGGCUAUGGACAGGCCUGUGACCUCUACAGGGAUCUCUAUCCUGUGCUAAUGAAGGUGGUCCCUUCUCUGUCUCAGCUGGCCAGUGAUUUUCUGAUUAAUAAAUCUACAUUUGAGGUUUCUAUCCAGCGAGCUGCAGCUGUCAUGACUCUGCUUACCCAAGUGACACAGACAGCAGGCUGCAGAGCAGAACUACAGGCCCAGUUAAGCAGGAGUGAUCCAGAAGAUGGUGACCCAAUUCCCCCUCCACCAAUCACCUGGAGCCAGGUGUCAGGUCUCAGAGCCAUCAUUGAAUCUGUCUUGAAGCAAUGCCUUAAGGAUAUAUCCCAUCUGAGUUCCUGGCAGGCACUGCAACCUCUGAGUGCAGCCUGCAUGCUCUACCUGGGAGUGUAUUACAGUCAUUGCCGUCAACAGCCCUCAGUGAAUGCUGUUGACUGCUUAGAGGAAGUGGAGCAUUUGAGCUCUUCAGUCCUUUUACCUCUCCUCAGCCAGCCAGCCAUGCGGACUCUGUGGGAAAUGCUAAGGCCAUGUUCGGCUGUGUGCAAUCCUUUGUCCUGCUCUCAAGCACCAGAAUCCCUCCCCAGCAUUAGUUCUCUGAGCUGCAUAGGAGGCAAGCCCCCAAUGAGCUUAUUGGGCUCUAAAUCGCCUUUCCCUUUUCUUACGGCCCUCCUGGUCCUGGUUAAUAACAUCACUCACAUCCAUAAAGGACUGGUCGGCAAGUAUGCUGCUAUAUUUGAUGAAAAGGGUCUGGAAAACUAUCUUGUCCAGUGCUCAACCAGUGGACCACCUUAUCUAGCCCCUUCUUCUGCAUGGCUCUUGCGACUUGAGUACCACUUCCAAUAUUUUGUACUUGCACUGGCUCAGAAAAUGGCAGAUACUUGUCCAGAUUACAGCCAGCAUGCUUCGCUCCAUCACUGUGUUGCCAUGGCACUGUUAAGUCGUUUGUUGCCAGGCAGCGAGUACCUGGCUCAUGAACUCCUACUAGGCCUCAUUUUCAACCCCAAACUGAUUCCAGAAGGCAAAACAGGGGGACCUGAAGCUGCUGACUUGUCAGAUCUUCUGCACUUGGAUUCAAAAGCAAAGUCAGCACAACCGGGCUCAGCAGCUGUCCUUUCUUCACUCUCUAGUCGUGGAGCUUUACUGGAGGACGCAUUUAACCACCUUCCACUUAUCCAGUCCUGUUACCGCUCUCAUUUUGUUUACUUGGAGCCGGCUCUUGUUCGUUCCAGAAACCUUUAUCAAGGACGAACGCACCUUGUCCAGUCCAUGCUUCUUCCUGAGGCCAAAGGACCCAUCUUGCCUUCUGAUUGGCCUUACCUUCCUCUUAUCAGCCUCUAUAACAAAGUGACUAGUACAGAAUCACAGUGGGUUGUAUUGCCCUCCCUUCCUAUGGAUUUAGUGAACACUGUAACUCGGAACCUUCAGUGGGCCCUCCUCUUAGAAACUUGGAGAGCCAGUGUCCUUCAGGACAUUUCAGCAGCAGCCAGACUUGCAAGGCUCAUGUGUAUCUUCCUCACAGGCAGCAAUUUGUUCCUGGAAGGGCCUGUUCAUUGCUACACUGCUGCCCUCCUUUCACUUUACUGCCAGUCUAAAGUGUUAGACUCCUUAAACUUGGAUGCUGCCCUCCCUGGCUUAGCUUCUUUCUAUGACCUCUACAUCAACCUUCUGGAACAGUUUGAGAGUGUUUCCUUUGGAGACUCUCUCUUUGGAAUCUUUGUGCUUCUUCCUCUGCAGAGGCGGUUCAGUGUUCAGCUGAGGAUGGCUGUCUUUGGAGAGCAUGUGGGCACCUUGCGGGCACUAGGAGUCCCAUUCCAACAGUUCCCCUUACCUCUGGAAAAGUACCUUUCUCCCCCUGAGGACAAUCUCAGCCUCUUAAGACAGUACUUCCAAACCCUGGUUACAGGUAUCUUGCAGCAGAAGCGAUGCCCUAUUCUUUAUGUGGUUGCUGUGGGCCACAUCAACAGCUUCAUUUUCUCCCAGGACAGCACUACUCAGGAGAUUGAUGCUGCCCGAAAAAAUAUGCUGCAGAAGACCUGGCUCCUGGCAGAUGAGGUGCUGAAGCGACAUCUUCUCUACUACAAAUUGCCAAAUAAAGACAGCCCAGUGGGCUUUGACCUUUACAAAGAGCUUCCUGCCAUUCGAAUGAAAUACCUAUGCACUACGACUAAAAAGGAACACAGAGGGGAUGCAUCUGUAUCAGAUUCAUAAAGAAGAACCAUGGCAGCUGAGUGGAGAAAAGAGAGCAAGUUAUGUGAUUUUUUUUUUUUUUGCAUGGGUCUACCCAAAGCACCAGGACUGUUAGCCUUAGAAUGGCCUGACCUUGCUAGAACCUUCAACUAUCAUUUUAUUGCCUCUUUCUAUGUAGGUUUCAUAUACAUGAAAUUACAAAAGUGGAGGAAAAUAUGAAAAAUGAUUAUAUGUAUCAAGAUGGAGAACUAUUUUUUUAAAUAAAAAUAAAUUAUGGUAGUAA